AUUGGAAUUAGAGGCACAGAUGAAGGCGAUACCGACAAGCGGAGUGGGGAGUCGGAAGGUGCUGAUAACGGGAGUGGGAAAAGGGCUGGGAAGGGCCCUCGCCCUCGAAUUGGCGAGUCGAGGUCACGCCAUAAUCGGCUGUUCCCGAUCUCAGGAUAACCUCAAUUCGCUCCAAUCACAACUCUCUUCUUCCAACCACUUGUUUCUCAAUGCCGACGUCAAGUCAAAUGACAGCAUUCAGGAGAUGGCUCGCCAUGUAAUGGAGGAGAAGGCCGUCCCCGAUAUUAUAGUGAACAACGCAGGAACAAUUAAUAAGAACAACAAGAUAUGGGAGGUGGGGGCAGAAGAGUUCGAGGAGGUGAUGGACACGAACGUGAAGGGGACGGCGAAUGUGCUGAGGCACUUCAUUCCUCUGAUGAUAGCAAACAAGCAGCAAGGUAUUAUAGUGAACAUGUCUUCAGGAUGGGGGAGAUCAGGUGCGGCUUUGGUUGCUCCUUACUGUGCAUCCAAAUGGGCGAUAGAAGGACUAAGUAGGUCGGUAGCUAAAGAGGUUCCAGAAGGAAUGGCAGUGGUGGCUUUGAAUCCAGGUGUCAUCAACACCGACAUGCUCGCCUCUUGCUUUGGCUCUUCUGCUUCUCUCUAUCAAACUCCUCAAGCUUGGGCUCUCAAGGCUGCCACCAUCAUCCUCAACCUCACUCCUGCUGACAAUGGUGCAUCUCUCACGGUCUGACUCUCAACAAUUUCUCUUCUUCUAGCUCCAUUUCACCCUCGUUUCUGUUUUCCCAGACCAAACCGAUUCUUCACUUCUCUUGUACCAUGAACCAAGUUUUAGUGGUCUAAGCUCCAAUUUUCCUAUUUUUUUGUCCCAUUGCGAUUUCAGUUUUUCAGAUUAGUCUAUAUUCCCGCUAGCGCAUGUGCGCCCAAAAAUACAUUAAUACACAACUUUAAAGGACAAAAAUAAUAUUUAUCAGUGCCCCUGCUAAACCAUGAUGCUACAGCCAAAUUCUG